AUCAAAAUCAGUUUAGUUUUCCAAAGUCUUUAGAACAGUACAAACACUAUUAAGAACUUCUUAAAGAAAAUUUCGAUUUAAAGGAUGCCUAAAAUAGUUGCGUUAGUAUUUCUGAUGUUAGCGGUGGCUGUGGUAAAAGGAGAGUACCAUAUUAUACCACUGUUUUCCACCGAUACUGUUACCAACUCAUCUGCAGUACACAUGGACGCUUACCUCAACCUGAAUAGACAACAGCAUGAAAAAGAUAUUGACGAAAUCGAUAAAGAAAUUGAAAUAUUUAAACAGUCCUAUGACGCAAGUCUUGAUAUCAUUAAUAAGAAACUUGACCUGCUAGUUAAAUCUCUUGUUCAAACUGAUGCAAAAUUGAAUCCUUUAGUAGUUAUAAGUGAAUUAAGCAAAACAUGUGUCAGCAAAUAUCGUUAUUCGAUACCCACUGUCACAUCUACCAAAAAUCUAAUAGCGGAUUGCAUUAAUACAGCCAGUUACAAACUGCCUACUAUAUUGGUUUCAGCUAUUAACACCAGAAACGACUUGGAAAACUUUUACAAAAACACAUUUGAAAAUAAUAUUUUAAACUGUGAAAGGGAAUUUGGCAAAUUUCAUGGAAACUACUCCAGUUGUAUUACAAAUGUGGUAGCUGACACUACUACCAAAACUUUGAUUAGUCAAAAGACGUUUGAAGAUGAAAUGGCUCAAGUUGAGUGUAUCGCUGCGGCCACUAUAAAAGUAGCUUUGGAUUGCAGUUACGCCAUCGAACAUCUUACAAUUACAGAAAUUGCAAGGGCCACUGCUUUUAUUAACAAUUGUAUGGUGGGUCAAGAUAAUUGCAAACCAUGUCUGGAAUAUACGUGUGCAGAUGUCUAUUACAUGGAACGUUCUGAAAUAGAUGGUGACAGUAAAGUAAUUAAUAAUCCAUUUUAUGGACAAACUGAUCUUAAUGAUUGCGUAAUGUUGAAAGUUAAUUAAAAAAAAUUUAUAAAUUUUCAAAAACAUUCUUGCUAUAUAUAAAUCAUAAAUACUUCCCAAGUUUCAAACUGUUCUCCUAUGUAUUCAUAUUAAGCAGCUCAUUAAAAUUUCAAAAAUUAAACAAAAUUACAGUAUU